GCCCCGCCUUUGUGAUAUAAAACAAGACGGGAAGAGAGAAAAAAAUCCCCAAUUUUGAAGCACAAUGAGAGUCGAGAGCCUCAGUUCUUCUUUGAGCAGCUCUUUGAUUUUCGGUGCAAAGAAGCUUGAUGGGUCUAGGCCAUCUGCAACGUUCAGGUUUAGGCGAGUACCCAUAAGCUGUGCUGUUCGUUUCCGACCCUGCAUUGAUAUACACAAGGGGAAAGUGAAACAGAUUGUUGGGUCGACGCUUUCAGAUUCGAAGGAAGAUGGGCCUGCUCUGGUUACCAAUUUCGAGUCGGAUAAGUCGGCGGGGGAGUAUGCAAGGAUGUAUAAGGAAGAUGGGCUUACAGGUGGCCAUGUGAUAAUGCUGGGAGCAGACCCUUUGAGUAGAGCUGCGGCCAUUGAAGCUCUGCAUGCUUAUCCUGGUGGUUUGCAAGUAGGAGGUGGGAUUAAUUCAGAUAAUUCUUUGCAGUACAUAGAAGAAGGGGCUAGCCAUGUCAUUGUCACUUCUUAUGUAUUUAAUAAUGGGCAAAUGGACCUUGAAAGGCUUAAAGAUCUUGUUCGUGUUGUUGGAAAAGAAAGGCUUGUUUUAGACCUUAGCUGCAGAAAGAGGGAAGGUAAAUAUGCAAUUGUAACUGAUAGAUGGCAAAAGUUCAGUGAUGUGUAUCUUGACAAGAAAAUAUUAGACUUCCUUGCCAAGUACGCAGAUGAGUUUCUGGUACAUGGUGUCGAUGUUGAAGGGAAAAAACUGGGGAUUGAUGAAGAGCUUGUGGAGUUGCUUGGCAAACAUUCUCCGAUUCCUGUAACUUAUGCUGGUGGUGUCACAGUAAUGGCUGAUUUAGAGAGGAUAAAAGUGGCAGGGCUAGGACAUGUGGAUGUUACUGUCGGCAGCGCUUUGGAUGUUUUCGGGGGCAACUUGCCAUACAAAGAAGUCGUUGCUUGGCAUACUCAGCAGGAAGCAUUGACUGUUUAGUAUCUCCCUAUGAUCUGUUGGUGUGCAAGCCUGUGCAGUAUUUGAUAUCUAGUUGAUUGUGGCUUAUAUAUCUUGAAAUGCCAAGGGGACUGAACUCCGUCUGUAACUUAGAAUAAGAGGUCUUGUUGUACCCUAUGAAUAAAAGUAGUAAUUUUUGGGGAAAUUAAGUUGAAUUGAAAACUUGCAACAGCUAAUGUGUGAAACUGACUUUGGAAAAGCCUGAUUGAGAUGUUGUUUUGCCCCUCCCACAUUUCAAAGCACCCUCUCAAGGGCGUGUUUGAUUUAA